ACUUCAGUGCCUAAUGCUUUCUAAUGAGGCGAGUAUCUCCAAUAUGGCGACGUGCAAACCCCUAAUAUGUCAUGUGUAAGUAAAAACGGAUUGGCUGCCCUGAAGUCACUGUUAACUUAUUGAAUUCAAUGGCACCAUGAGCUUCAAAAUGCUCAUUAUUUAUCUUUGCUCUAAUAAAUAAUAUUAGACAAUGUAUAACAUUAACACAAGGUCAUCUUCUGAAGAAUGACAAAACCCUUCUGUGGUAGACAAGAAGUUGGGUGGCCAAUCAGUGAAGGGGAAAAAACGACGUAAUAGGGGGCGGUGACUUGAAAAUACUUUAAAUGCGUGAACUGCACUGCAGCAGUAAGCUUAUUCAAAGAGUAUUUUACAAUGGCAAGAACCAAGCAGACUGCUCGCAAAUCUACUGGUGGCAAAGCCCCGAGGAAGCAGCUCGCCACCAAGGCUGCCCGUAAAAGCGCCCCGGCUACCGGUGGCGUGAAGAAGCCUCACCGUUACAGGCCUGGGACCGUGGCUCUGAGAGAAAUCCGUCGUUACCAGAAGUCUACCGAGCUACUAAUCCGCAAGCUGCCCUUCCAGCGUCUGGUCAGAGAAAUCGCCCAGGACUUCAAGACCGACCUGCGCUUCCAGAGCUCUGCCGUUAUGGCUCUUCAGGAGGCCAGCGAGGCUUAUCUGGUCGGUCUGUUCGAGGACACUAACCUGUGCGCCAUCCACGCCAAGAGGGUCACCAUCAUGCCAAAGGACAUCCAGUUGGCUCGUCGUAUUCGUGGGGAGCGUGCUUAAAUUUAGUCUGACGACUACACCAAAGGCUCUUUUAAGAGCCACACAA